GUCAGCCUUGUCGCGGGCCACUCUCUCCUCCUUUGUAAGCUUGUCGUAGUCGUCUGCGCUCGUCGACAUCUUCGUGGAUCGAGUAUAAGAAAGCUACACGUGAUCUUGCUCGAUCUUAACAGCGCGUUUUUCACACGCCCAUUCUCAGCCUGAGACGUCCAGCCUCCUUGAGCCUCCAAGGCCACAAUCGGGCUCAGUACUUAUUCCCUACAUCCUAGAGGAGCUUGCUUGUUUCGUGCUACUAUCUGUUUGGACAUCUCAACGCUGCACGCUCGUCAACGAGCUAGACUAUGGCCAGUAAUGACGUUUGGGCGGACUUUGAGACUCUACGACAUAACGUAAAACAGAACACGGUAGACAAGUUGAAACACAUCGUGGUGAACUUGAACGAGGAAUGUCGCGCCAACCUCACGAAAUCGGGCAAGAAACAAGAGCUUAUUGACAAGAUUAUCAACAAAUUAGACAUUUGGAAGCGGACAAACGACAUCGAUACCUGGGUCAAGGCGAAAACUAUCUUGAACUCAGCUCGACAGGAUUCCUAUCCCGCACGCCGUACACCUUCAUAUCCGGCUACUGCUACGUUCAAUACCUACCAAGCCCCCAAUCCUGCAGGUUCUAACAUUGUAUUCCAACCGCCCACCGUGGCUAGCACGAGCUCCCUGCCUCGUUAUGAUCCAUAUGCUCCGCCUCGUCGUCCUCCUGUACCCGCUACUCCAGCCGCUGCAGCUGGAUCUCCUAGUGAGCUAAGUGUACCCACAUGCCCUGCAACUCUCAUCAUGGUUAUAGGUAUCCGCUUCAAAACCUCCCCUUUCUUCCGAGUGGAACGGGCCAUAUCAAAUGUUGUAGAAUGUCCAGAAUCCUCGAGCCAGAUGGACAGGAAGUCACAGACAUUGACAUUUAUCAUGAACAAUGACCUGUUACAGAAACUGCAGUCACCAAGUCCAAAGUAUCAGCUUAGGCUUUACUGCACUUCGUCCACUUAUUACACUCCAACACCGGCUUUCCGCCCAAAUCUCGCGUGCCCCAUCGAAUUUCCACCCACUUGUGAAGUUCGCGUCAACGGCGUGCAACUUCAAGCGAACCUGAAAGGCAUGAAGAAGAAACCCGGCACAGCGCCUCCCCCUGAUGUGGGCAAAUCGGUGCGAACAUCGCUCGGCGCUCAGAAUCGGGUCGAAAUGGUUUAUGUCAAUAGUAGCCAGCAACCUGUUCAGACCAAGCAGAAGUAUUAUAUGGUCGCCAUGCUCGUUGAGGUGACUACUGUGGAUCAACUCAUCGAUCGUCUUCGCAAGGGCAAAUAUAAGAGUAACACGGAGAUCCUGGCAAAGAUGCGGCGGCAGGUGGAUGAAGAAGAUGAAAUUGUAGCUGGGCACCAGAAGAUGUCACUAAAGUGUCCCUUGAGCUACAUGCGUAUAACGACACCAUGUCGUUCUUGGCAGUGUGUACAUCCACAGUGUUUCGAUGCGUACUCAUGGUUUUCCGUGAUGGAACAAACCACCACAUGGAUGUGCCCUGUUUGCGAGAAGGUCCUCAAUGUGGAAGAUCUUAUCAUUGACGGGUACUUCGAUGAAAUUCUCAAAGCAACACCAGAGGAGGUAGAAGACGUCAUCGUGGAACCAGAUGGCGAGUGGCAUACUUCCGACGGUGUUUAUGGCUCUUCAGCGUGGAAGGCGGCUCAUGCGAAAGCGAAGGCUUCCUCGACAGUGGGUACUGUCAAGAAGCGUUCACCAUCACCCACGAAACCUUCUAUCAAGCAAGAGGAUGGCGGGAAACCUUCGGGCCCAUUGAAUGCAGAAAUUGUUAUCCUCGAUUCUGAUGAUGAAGAUGAAGGUCGAGUGAAAAGGGAGCUAUCACCAUCCUACGAUAGCACUCAGAAGAGUGGUCGGACCACUGCCCAAUCAUCGCUAGCGAGCCUACCAGCGCCGUCACAGGCGUCCGAUGUCAUUGAUCUAACUCUCGAUUCAGAUGAUGAGGAGCCACCUCCUCGGGCGCCUGCACCGUCGAAGAAGAGAUGUUCAGACGAGCGAGACAUUCAGUCUCCAACGGAACCGAUCUGGAAGAAAUCUCGGACAGACAAUGUGCCAUCUUCCUCGGGCGUGGGUCUUCACCUUCCCCAAGGGUACACCCCACCCUCUUCCGCAAGGCCGCUUCCAUCUUCACCAACAUCUUUAUCAUCGAGUGGUCGGUACCAUGCUUCGUACCCAAUCCCAUCAUAUCCUUACUCUCCGCCGUAUGAAUCUCCCACAGCUCCCGUAGGACCUGCCCAUCUACCGCCACGUCCUGUCACGAAUGGGCUGAACGGGCGGUUCCCUGACGCUGGAAAUCAGUAUUUAUCGAGACCGAAUGGAUCAAGUGCUUCGUCGUCGUCGAGUGCAUGGCGAUGAGAUAUUUUUGGCUUGGAGUCAGUAGUUUACUACGAUAUAUGGAUGUAGUUUAAUGGUGCUAAUGAUACAUUGUUAUCGUCUUGUCUUGAC